UCUAAUUCCUAACAAAUUUUUCUUCAAAUGCUAUUUUUAAAGGUUGAAAGCUAAAUGAGAGGGACUGAAAUAUCACAUCAGAGAUGGCAUGAAGCCCCAUAUUCCAGUGUCUGUGAAAUCUCCAGAGUCCAAGACGUCACCAACAGAAUGGUGUAUCCUUCAGCUAUUGAGAAACACUGCUGUGAGACAGCUUUAUCCAACCAUGAUGCACAUCAUAGAGAUUGUUGCCUCUCUACCGGUUUCAAAUGCAUGGCCUGAAAGAGGAGCCAGCACUCUAAAGGCUCUCAAAACAAGGCUACGCAACAGACUUAGCACAACUAUGCUGGAGUCCCUGAUGCAUGUGUGCAUAAAUGGUCCUGAGCCAAACAGUCCUGAAGCCAAGCAGCAUGUCAAGUCAGCAGUCAAGUUGUGACUAGACAAGAAGGAGAGGCGGAAGAUUCCCCCAAAGCAGCAAAGGGCCUUAGCAUCAGCACCAGUUAUUACCCAUGUGAAUGCUGGGGUCCAGACUGAUGUAACUGAGGGGAAUGAUGAGCUGACAAUGAUUGAGACAGCUGUUGAUAUAGCAAUACAAAAACUUAACCUGGCAUCAAAGGAAUAUGACCCAGAAACAGAUAGUGAAUUAUCGGAUGAUCAUUGU